GUACUGCAUAUAAAAAACGACAGUAAGAGGUAAUAGUAUGGGAUGUUAGUGGCGUAAACACCAUGUUUGUUAAUAUUUGUCUAAAAGCGUUUGCAUGUUUUUAAAAUGAGAAAGGGGAAAAAGGGAAAUAUAUUAAAAGGAAGAAGUACGGGAAAAAGCUUGGGCUAGGUAUAGUGUGUACGCCAUCGCUCUGUUCCAGUUAUCUCCAAAUCCACCUCCAACAACCCCUUUCGCUCUCUCCUCAUUUUCCAUUGCUAGGGUUUUGCUCUCUUUGGGAGAUUUUGAUUUCAUCUUUUUCUUUUUCCUUCUCAACAGAAAGGUGAGAAUCCUUUCUUUCUUCUUUUCUUUUUUUCACCUAUAUUGCUAAAGCAGAGGAUGGAAUUCUUGGCUGCAUAGCUGCUUGACUCCUUUGUAGGAACUUAGACGAAAAAGAUGAAAAAUGGUGAUGAUUUCUUGAAUUUCCUCCCUUGCGACUUGUCAAUAAAGAUACUUACUGCUUUAGAGGGUCCAUCUGAUCUUGUUCGCAUCACUGCUGUUUCACGCAACUGGCGACAUUUUGUGAUUAGACAUGGUCUAUGUAAGCAUCUGUCCCUCCAAAUGUUUCCCCAAUUAUCUAGAGUUGAUCGUGUCAACGAGCUAGGUGGCAGUACAAAAGGUCAUGCUGGAGCUGGAUCUAGCAAUUUUAUGGAGUGGGAAGCUUUGGAGAGGGAGCAUAGAGCUUAUGCCUUUUUAGCUCGAUGUUGUUUGUCAACUACUGCUGGGGAUUGCAUCUCAGAAGCAAUAAUUGCUUCUAGCACUGAUAAUUAUCCAGAGGAAAGCAUAUGUAAUACUUUGGAACCAAGAGAUAGGGUGGCUCGGACAGCUUCCUACUGGUCUAGUAAAGGACAAAAGAAUCCUGCCGUGCCUGAAACAUUGACAUAUAGAUUGAUUGCUGAUUUGUGUGUUGUUACAGAGAUCAAGAUAAGACCUUUCCAGGCUUACUUCCAGUUUGGUUACCCUAUAUAUUCAGCGAAGUCUGUGAGAUUUUGCAUGGGUCAUAUCAAGGAUGCGGAUGAGUCAUGCCAGGAUUCUGGUACUGACAGGUUUGCAUGGACUUACACCUCACAAGAGUUUGAAAUGGCUCAGGAAAACCGCUUACAGACUUUCAAGCUUCCAGAGCCUAUUCUUUGCAUUGGUGGAAUAUUACAGAUUGAGCUGUUGAGUAGGGUCCAGAGACAGGAAAUAGAUGGCUUGUUCUAUAUCUGUGUGUCACAUGUUCAAGUUGUGGGACGCCCAUUAUCUCCUGCUUUUAGUAUUCAGAUACUUGAACCCCCAGAAAAAUUCGUGCUAGAGGUACAGAGUUAUUCACUGCCAACUUUACCUGAGCAGAUGAGCUCUAUAACCAGUUUGCAGAUGCGUGUGAGAGACUUGGAGCAGAUUCUGAAUUUACUGCAGGGAAAUGGAGGUGAGGUGGAAUAUGGAUAUGAAUGGGAAGUGGAAUCAGACGAGGACGAGGAAGAAUUUGACAUGGAGUAACUUUCUGCUGUUCCUCCCCCCCCCCCCGGGGGUCUGAACUAACCUUUCAAAUGGAAGCUUGUUGGCAACUAAAGCGUGUAACCUUGUUCCGGAUUAGCUUAUAUUCUGGGUUUAUGUGCUAGUGUUAUAUAUCAAAGCCUUAGCCAUUCAGAAAUCGAAUCUUGUUUUCUGCUAAAUCGGGUAUAUGUUUAUCCAAGUAAUAAAAUGUGUCACUAAAUCGGGUAUAUGUUUAUCCAAGUAAUAAAAUGUGUCAAACAGAGCACAGGAUAUAUAUAUGAACUCUGCCUAAAUUCAUGAAUGUGAAGAAAUGAUAGCAAUGUAUAAUAGUAUUAUUUUUGUUGAAA